CGCCCCCUCACGGCGGCCACGCCCCCUCGGCUCACUAUAAAAUGCCGGCGUUCCCCCGUUCCCCCCACAGCCUGACUACGGCGCUGGGACCCUCGGCUUGCUUCUCUCCGCGGCUCCCCACGCCAGCCAUGGAUCUCUCUGCCAUCUACGAGAGCCUCCGGUCGCUGAGCCCGGACCUGCUUUCAUCAGACCAAGGAGGAACCGAGUCCCCUGGGCUCUGGAGCCUAAAUGCAUCCGAUCCCAGCCUGCCUGGGGUGGUGGGUUCUCGCCUGCCUGGCCGGUCCACCAGCCUGGUCGAGAGCCGAAGCUGUCAUUGGGUGCCCCCACCCCCUGGCUUUGCACCCCUGGCUCCUCGCCCGGGCCCCGAAUUGUCACCCUCACCCACUUCACCGACGGCGACUCUGACCACCUCAUCUCGCUACAAGACCGAGCUCUGCCGGACCUUCUCAGAGAGUGGGCGCUGUCGCUAUGGGGCCAAAUGCCAGUUUGCCCAUGGGCUGGGUGAGCUGCGUCAGGCCAAUCGCCACCCCAAGUACAAGACAGAACUGUGCCACAAAUUCUACUUCCAGGGCCGUUGCCCUUACGGCUCCAGAUGUCACUUCAUCCACCAUCCCGAGGAGGACCAGGCUGCCCCGGGUCAGCCACACGUUCUGCGCCAAAGCCUCAGCUACUCCGGCCUGCCCUCGGGCCGCCGGGCCUCGCCCCCACCGGGCCUGGGGGGCCCUUCCUUGUCCUCCUGUUCCUUCUCCCCCUCCAGCUCCCCGCCGCCCCCCGGGGACCUGCCACCUUCACCCUCCGCUUUCUUUGCUGCUCCCGGGACCCCUGUAACUCGAAGGGACCCCGCCCCUUCCUGCUGCCCCUCUUGCCGAAGGACCACUCCUGGCACCAUCUGGGGGCCCCUGGGGGGCCUGGCUCGGAGCCCCUCUGCACAGUCCCUGGGGUCUGACCCAGAUGAGUAUGCCAGCAGUGGUAGCAGCCUGGGGGGAUCCGACUCUCCUGUCUUUGAGGCUGGGGUCUUUGGGCCACCCCAACCUCCAGCAGCCCCCCGGAGACUCCCAAUCUUCAACCGCAUCUCUGUUUCAGAGUGACAAGUGCCUGUCUAGACAUUGAGCUGGAAAUCAAGGAGGAAAACACUUGUUGGGGAGGGGGCGGGUGUGUGCCGCAAAUCCCGUGGCCCUCUGUCCACAUUCCAAAAAUGCAUUAACCAGCACCCCUAACGAUGCCACAUCUAGGGCAGGUCCCUGGUGCCCAGGCGCCGUGUUUCUGGUGUUAAGGACGGCAGUGUUUUCUGGGAUGUAACUGAAAAUGUAGCAGAUUUGAAGGAGGCACUGAGCCCUCCUCUCCCACCCCAACUCUGGUCUCCUGGAAUUGUCUGUGCUGUGAAGAUGGCCCACCCCUUUCCCAUUCUUCCCCCAGGUGUCCCCUGGGGAGAAGCCUGGUGCUCAAAAUGUCCCUCAAGCAUCUAGCCAAAGCCAUUGCCAAGUUCCCCCUCCUAUACUAGUGGGGCCCCCCUUUUUUUCUUUUUAUUUAUGACGACUUUUAUUUAUUCUAAUAAGAUUUUAUAGUAUUUAUAUAUAGGGUCAUCCGAUUCCCUUGUAUUCUUUUUUUCUAAUAUUGGAAAACGGUGAUACCAUUGUGACAAUGUUAUAAUAUAUAAAGUAAUAUAUAUAUUGUUACUUUCAAAGUCUAUUUUUGUGUGUGUGUCUGUGUGUGUUGGAAUUUUUAAAUAAAAGAAACCCGAGUGGAAGCUGCCUUCUUGACUUACAGCCGGAAGGGUGGGGUGCCUUUUUUUUUUUUUUUGGCCUGACCUCCAAACCUUAUCGAGAGUUCUAUCGCCCAGUGGCACUUACCUGGCAGGAAGUGACGUCAGUAGUCUGGCGAUUCACCUGAGGGGGCGGGGCCAGGUGAGAUCACCGGGAAUGGAACCCGGAGAGCCAGUU